AAGUGUGACCAUUUCGGUAGCGACUUAUCGCUCUUGUCGAUAAAUCAGGGCUGCAAUAUCUGUAAACAGUGGACGCCUACAAUUGUUUUUAUUUAACAUCGAGAAAAUAACUUUUUCAACUUUUAUCUUAUAUAUUAUACAAUUCAACAUGCCGGCCUACCACUCGCAGAUCAAGGAAGUUCGCCAGCAGGUGGGCAACAUGGCCAUCCUGCCGCUGAGGACACAGGUGCGCGGGCCAGCGCCCAGUGCGAAUAUUGAGAGCGACAUCAUCGAUGAGUCACUGUACUACUUUAAAGCCAAUGUGUUCUUUCGCACGUACGAAAUCAAGUCCGACGUGGAUCGCGUGCUCAUCUAUGUGACGCUCUACAUAACAGAGUGCCUCAAGAAGCUCAAUCGCUCCACGAGCAAGGCCCAGGGACAGCAGGACAUGUACAGCCUGGCCAUCUCCAAGUUCGACAUUCCCGGCGAUGCUGGCUUCCCAUUGAACGCCGUCUAUGCCAAGCCACAAACGGCCCAGGAUGCGGAUCUGAUGCGCCAGUACCUGCUGCAGCUGCGCCACGAAACCGGCAACCGGGUACUGGAGAAGGUCUUCAACACCGAGGAUGGCAAGCCCAACAAAUGGUGGACCUGCUUCGCGAAGAAGAAGUUCAUGGAGAAGAGUCUGGCUGGACCUGGACAAUAAAGAGCUAGCCACAAUAUCUGGUAUCUUGUUUCGCCUCUACGACUGGUAAAAAUACCUUUCAAUUAGGAUUCACUAGCAGCGUGGCCUAAUUUGUAGUAUCACUGCCAGCAUGUCACAAUUCAUUAACCACUAAAUAAAUUAUUUAAAUUUGUAAGCCUUUCUGUUUGAAAUAAUUUACGUACAACUGCAAGUAACUUUCAUAAAUAAUAUAUGUUUCUAAUAACUGACCAGCAAAUGGAAGUAAUUGCCUAUAAUUUGUGUAAUCAAAAUCGGAAUAGUAAAGUAUUAACUAAGUUUUAUUUAUUGUAGUCGCUCGGUCAUUGGGAAAAAUGCUUUCUAUUGGCCUGUUUAUUAAAUAAACUUUGUCAUCAGUCGAUUACAACGUGGAA